CUUUUCCAUGUUCCGUGAGCAUGCAUGACUGACUUACUGAGUUAGAGAAAAAACCCAUUCUGCAAUGUCUUCUGCAACUGCCCAGCGCUGUCUAGCGUCUGCGCAGUAGGUUGGGGUUUGGUUUGUGUUUACAGCAGCCUGACUUGCUAGCUAGUAAUGUAGCUAGUGCAAUGUUAUGACAACCAUUUCUGGAAUAAAAAAAGUAUACAAGGAACAGGUGAUUUUAAUGAUUUAACCUCAUUCAUGAGCCGCGCUUGGUUUAACAGUCAUGGAUGACAAGGCCUCGGUUGGGAAAAUUAGCGUGUCGUCCGACUCAGUUUCCACCCUCAACAGUGAGGACUUUGUCCUGGUGUCCCGCCAGGGGGACGAAACGCCCUCCACUAAUAACGGUAGCGAUGACGAAAAGACAGGACUGAAGGUAAUUUCUGAGGAAGGUGUCAGCUUUAAGAUCGUGGGGAACGGCAGUGAGCAGCAGUUACAGAGGGAGUUGGAGGAUGUUCUGAUGGACCCGUCUGUGGCCGAGCAGGUGGGCGGAGCAGACCAGGUGGGCGGAGCAGACCAGGUGGGCGGGGAGGACCAUGGAGACGGCCUGGGGUACCCCACGACAGCCGCACCUCUGCAGGUGUGCCCCACGCCCCCCGGCACCCUCCCAAAACUGGAGCUCCCGGUCCAAUCUGCGCAGGACAGUGAGUUCACAUACAGGGAUGACUCGUCGGAGGCCAGCCCCAGCACGCCGGUGCCGGACGAGGACAGCGUGGUGUUCAGCAAGCUGACGUACCUGGGCUGCGCCUCGGUCAACGCCCCCCGCAGCGAGGUGGAGGCGCUGCGCAUGAUCAGCAUCCUGCGCAGCCAGUGCCAGCUGCCCCUCGACGUCACGCUGUCCGUGCCCGGCGUCUCCGAGGGAACCGUCAGGCUCCUGGACCCCCAGACGAGCACCGAGAUCGCCAACUACCCCAUCUACAAGAUCCUGUUCUGCGUCCGCGGCCAUGACGGCACGGCCGAGAGCGACUGCCUGGCCUUCACCGAGAGCCACUACAACGCCGAGAUCUUCCGCAUCCACGUCUUCCGCUGCCAGAUCCAGGAAGCGGUCAGCCGGAUACUGUACAGCUUUGCCACGGCCUUCCGCCGGUCAGCCAAUAAGACGCCUCUGUCGGUCCAGCCCCCGCCCCUCACGCCCGACAGCGACGUCUUCACCUUCACCGUCUGUCUGGAAAUCAAGGAGGAUGAUGGGAAGGGCACUUUCAGUGCGGUGUCAAAAGACAAAGAUCGGCAGAGCUUCAAAUUGCGUCCGGGAAUGGACAAAAAGAUUGUGAUCUACGUGCAGCAGACGUCCAACAAGGAGCUGGCCAUCGAGAGGUGCUUCGGCCUCCUGCUGAGCCCCGGUAAAGACGUGAGGAACAGCGACAUGCACCUGCUGGACCUGGAGUCGAUGGGGAAGAGCUCGGACGGGAAGUCCUACAUCAUCACCGGGAGCUGGAAUCCCAACACGCCUCAGUUCCAGGCCGUGAACGAGGAGACGCCCAAAGAUAAGUUCAUGUACAUGACCACGGCGGUGGACCUGGUCAUCACGGAAGUGGAGGAGCCGGUGCGGUUCCUGCUGGAAACGCGGGUUCGAGUCUGUUCCCCCAGCGAGAGGCUCUUCUGGCCCUUCAGCAAGCGCAGCUACACUGAGACCUUCUACCUGAAACUCAAACAGAUGGAGAGGAAGGAUCGGAAGAGCAACGCGGACACGCUGUACGAGGUGGUGAGCCUGGAGAGCGAGUCCGAGCGGGAGAAGAGGAAGACCACGGCCAGCCCCAACAUCCCGCAGUCGGCCUCCCACAGCUCCAUGGUGCCCUCACCCCCCGAGGACGAUGAAGAGGAAGACAACGACGAGCCGUUGCUUAGCGGCUCGGGGGAUGUGUCCAAGGAGUGCGCGGAGAAGAUCCUGGAGACCUGGGGUGACCUGCUGUCUAAAUGGCACCUGAACCUGGCCGUGCGGCCAAAGUCACUCCCCGCCCUGGUCCGCAGUGGAGUCCCAGAGGCCCUCAGGGGAGAGGUGUGGCAGCUUCUGGCCGGUUGCCACAACAACGACCACCAGGUGGAAGAGUAUCGUACCCUCAUCACCAAGGAAUCUCCUCAGGACAGUGCCAUCACCAGAGACAUCAACCGGACAUUCCCGGCACACGACUACUUCAAGGACACAGGCGGCGAUGGGCAGGACUCACUGUACAAGAUCUGCAAGGCGUACUCGGUGUACGAUGAGGAGAUCGGGUACUGCCAGGGCCAGUCCUUCCUCGCCGCCGUGCUGCUGCUGCACAUGCCUGAGGAGCAGGCCUUCAGUGUGCUGGUGAAGAUCAUGUUUGAUUAUGGACUCAGGGAGCUCUUCAAACAGAAUUUUGAGGAUCUGCACUGCAAGUUCUUCCAGCUGGAACGCCUCAUGCAGGAAUACAUUCCAGACCUGUACAAUCACUUCCUCAACAUCAGCCUGGAGGCGCACAUGUACGCCUCUCAGUGGUUCCUCACCCUCUUCACCGCCAAGUUCCCCCUCUACAUGGUCUUCCACAUCAUCGACCUGCUGCUCUGCGAGGGCAUCAGUGUCAUCUUCAACGUGGCUCUGGCCUUGCUGAAGACCUCCAGGGAUGACCUGCUCCAGACCGACUUUGAGGGGGCCCUGAAAUUCUUCCGCGUCCCCGUCCCCAAGCGCUACCGAUCGGAGGAGAACGCCAAGAAGCUGAUGGAGCUGGCCUGCAGCAUGAAGAUAAGCCAGAAGAAGCUGAAGAAGUUUGAGAAGGAGUACCACACCAUGAGGGAGCAGCAGGCUCAGCAGGAGGCUCCCAUCGAGAGAUACGAGAGGGAGAACCGGAGGCUCCAGGAAGCCAACAUGCGGCUGGAGCAGGAAAACGACGACCUGGCCCACGAGCUGGUCAGCAGCAAGAUCGCGCUGCGCAAGGACCUGGACAACGCUGAGGAGAAGGCAGAUGCCCUCAACAAGGAGCUGCUGAUGACCAAGCAGAAGCUGGUGGAGUCGGAGGAUGAGAAGAGGAGACUGGAGGUGGAGUCAGGGCAGCUCAAGGAAAUGUGCCGACGGGAGCUGGACAAGUCCGAGUCGGAGAUCCGGAAGAACGGCUCCAUCAUCGGCGAGUACAAGCAGAUCUGCUCCCAGCUGAGCGAGCGUCUGGAGAAGCAGCAGACGGCCAACAGGGGAGAGCUGGAGAAAAUCCGGCAAAAGGUGGAGGGCUGUGAGAAGUGCAGCGUGCUCUUCAACAAGGAGGGCCGCCUGAAGACCGUGAGCGUGCCCAAGGAGGGCAGCGAGGAGGACACCGACGAGGAGAAGGAGGCGCUGAAGAACCAGCUGAGAGAGAUGGAGCUGGAGCUGGCCCAGACCAAGCUGCAGUUAGUGGAGGCUGAGUGCAAGAUCCAGGACCUGGAGCACCAUCUGGGUCUGGCACUGAACGAAGUCCAAGCGGCCAAGAAGACCUGGUUCAACAGGACGUUAACCUCCAUCAAGACUGUGACGGGCGCCCAGGGCAAAGAGACCACCUAACCUGGGGUCAGGGAACGAGACUGACUCCUCCCCCCUCUCCCCCACGCUGGUCAGAGGUACCGCCCACUCCUGGGACCAGAGUCAAUACUCAGUGGGGUUUUUAAAAAAAGAAAAAGAGAAAGGACAAUGUUCAUUGGGUACAACCUUCCCAAACGAAAACAUACUUAAAAUAAAGAGGCUUUAACUUUAGAGGAGUCUUUAUACUACUGAUAUUUAACAGGUAAGGAAGCCGCUAAAGACCUGUCUGAACUGUCCUUCCAGACACGGGGAAACACUCCAUCUACUGUCCUGCUCAAGACUACCUGCACAACAGUCAAAAUGAAAUAUCGUUAGGUACGAGUGCUAACAGCCUCCUUUUCAAACUUGUUAGCUUUUCUAAUUUGUUUCUGUUUAACAGUAACUUUUUUUUUCUACGUACAUACAUACAUAUUGGUCGGUGUGUAUAUAUGUGUGGGUGUGAAUGUGCUAGUGUAUGUGCGUAUGUGUGUGUGUGUGUACGUGUGUGUAUAUGGGCGUGUGCAUGUGUGCGUGUAUUUGGGGGGGCAGGCGUGUGUGUGUGUGUGUUUGUAUGUGUGUGCGUGCGUGCAUGCAUGUAUAUGGGCGUGCAUGCGUGUAUAUGGGCGUGUGCGUGUAUUUGGGGGGCAGGCGGGUGUGUGUGUGUGUGUGUGUGUGUGUGCGUGCGUGCGUGCAUGCAUGUAUAUGGGCGUGCAUGCGUGUAUAUGGGCAUGCAUGCUGUAUGUGGGCGUGUGUUGAAUGUCUGGUGUUCCUGUGAAGUUUUACGAUAAGAAAAUGAAAGGAGGUUGGUCCUGUUGACUGAGAAGGAGGCGCAGUAAAUUUGACGAAACCUUAGACAUGACUGAGGUGAGGAGUGCUGGGAGUUGGUGUUGUUCUAGAAAACUCUGAGCGUUAUUCAGCACUAGACCACUAGUUGGGGCUUGUAGUUAUGACCAACUGUUCUUUAGAUUUGUAGUGCUGGGUCAGAGUAGCGAAUGCUUGUGGGUAACUGCACACAGAGGCAAGGCUCCUAAAACUGCUCCUACCAAACCCCCCUCCCUUUCUUGGCCUGUACCCCCACCAGGCCCUGACCCCGAUGCCACCCCCGCCCCCCCCUGCCCCCAGAGCCUUAUGAGUUACGCUGGUCUCCAGGACCCCAGCCGAAGUUUGUUUCCGCUACACAGCACUUAAUUUAAGGUAGCUUGUAGUGCUGCCUCCUCUUGACCCAGACUCAUCAGUGACCCCGCCCCUCCAGAUGUGAGAGGGCGGGACCAACGGCCGGCUGGAAGUGCACUGAGCGUGUGGGAGGGGAGAUGAGUCUUACGAUGUUAAUCUGUGUUCCAGGGGAGGGAGGGCUGUGUAUGUGAGGGGAGGUCUUUGCACCUUAUUCAUAUUUAUAAUGGGUUCUUGCUCACUGAAGUCAUUGUUGAUGUUAGUGGAGAGCCUGUGUGUGCUGAGAAAAGGUUUCAUUCCAAAAGGCACUGGGUUGUAUAUAAGAAGCAUAUGUUUGUUUUGUAUUUCAACUUUUCCCUCGGUAACUGUACUAAUGUUGCCUAAUGUACUGCGUUAAAGAUUAUGACAUGUUUAUGCUCAAAGCUUCUGUCUUAAAAUGUCUAUCCGCUGUCUCCUCCAUUACAUGCCAAAAUGUACCUUCAUCCAAGCAUUAUGAAAGUGUGGACAUUGUAAUAGUGUAGAUUGCAUUGUGUAUACUUCAUGCAUUUAAAGUCUGAAAAAAAGCUAUCUGCACAAA